AGGAGGCAGGGCGCGGGGGAGCGGCGCGGUCAGGCGCUCCGCUCCAGAGUUAAGCGCAGGUGAGCUCCUGCGCGUUCCUCGAGUCACCUUCCCGCCGUUACCCGCGGCGCGCCAGAGGUAGUCUCCUGCAGGCCCUGCCUCCCGUUGCCCCAAACUAAUGCUGACUGAACGGAUCGCUGCGAGGGUGGGAGAGAAAAUUAGGGGGAGAAAGGACAGAGAGCAACUACCGUCCAUAGCCAGAUAGAUUAUUUUACGCUGAACUGAUCAAGUACUUUGAAAAUGACUUCGAAAUUUCUCUUGGUGUCCUUCAUACUUGCUGCACUGAGUCUUUUAACUACCUUUUCUCACCAACCAGACCAGCAAAAUGUUCUACUAGUUUCUUUUGAUGGAUUCCGUUGGGAUUACUUAUAUAAAGUUCCAACGCCCCAUUUUCAUUAUGUUAUGAAAUAUGGUGUUCACGUGAAGCAAGUUACUAAUGUUUUUAUUACAAAAACCUACCCUAACCAUUAUACUUUGGUAACUGGCCUCUUUGCAGAGAAUCACGGGAUUGUUGCAAAUGAUAUGUUUGAUCCUAUUCGGAACAAAUCUUUCUCCUUAGAUCACAUGAAUAUUUAUGAUUCCAAGUUUUGGGAAGAAGCGACACCAAUAUGGAUCACAAAUCAGAGGGCAGGACAUACUAGUGGUGCAGCCAUGUGGCCCGGAACAGAUGUAAAAAUACAUAAGUGUUUUCCUACUCAUUACAUGCCUUACAAUGAGUCAGUUUCAUUUGAAGAUAGAGUUGCCAAAAUUAUUGAAUGGUUUACAUCAGAAGAGCCCAUAAAUCUUGGUCUUCUUUAUUGGGAAGACCCUGAUGACAUGGGCCACCAUUUGGGACCUGACAGUCCGCUCAUGGGGCCUGUCAUUUCAGAUAUUGACAACAAGUUAGGAUAUCUCAUACAAAUGCUAAAAAAGGCAAAGUUGUGGCACACUCUGAACCUAAUCAUCACAAGUGAUCACGGAAUGACGCAGUGCUCUGAGGAAAGGUUAAUAGAACUUGACCAGUACCUGGAUAAAGACCACUAUACCCUGAUUGAUCAAUCACCAGUAGCAGCCAUCUUACCAAAAGAAGGUAAAUUUGAUGAAGUCUAUGAAGCACUAACUCAUGCUCAUCCUAAUCUUACUGUUUACAAAAAACAAGAGAUUCCAGAAAGGUGGCAUUACAAAUACAACAAUCGAAUUCAACCAAUCAUAGCAGUGGCUGAUGAAGGGUGGCACAUUUUACAGAAUAAAUCAGAUGACUUUCUGUUAGGCAACCACGGUUAUGAUAAUGCAUUAGCAGAAAUGCAUCCAAUAUUUUUAGCCCAUGGUCCUGCCUUCAGAAAGAAUUUCUCAAAAGAAGCCAUGAACUCCACAGAUUUGUACCCACUACUAUGCCACCUCCUUAAUAUCACCGCCAUGCCACACAAUGGAUCAUUCUGGAAUGUCCAGGAUCUGCUCAAUUCAGCAAUACCAAGGGCAGUCCCUUAUACACAGAGUACUAUACUCCUCCCUGGUAGUGUCAAACCAGCAGACUAUGACCAAGAGCAGUCAUACCCUUAUUUCAUAGGGGUCUCUCUUGGCAGCAUUAUAGUGAUUGUAUUUUUUAUACUUUUCAUUAAACAUUUAAUUCACAGUCAAAUACCUGCCUUACAAGAUAUGCAUGGUGAAAUAGCUCAACCAUUAUUACAAGCCUAAUGUUACUCUGAAGUAGAUUUGCAUAUUGAAGUGGAGAUAUCAUAAUUAUGUCAGUGUUUAAAGGUUUCAAAUUCUGGGAAACCAGUUCCAGACAUUUGCAGAAACCAUUAAGCAGUUACAUAUUUAGGUACACACACACACACACACACACACACACACACACACACAGAGAGAGAGAGAGAGAGAGAGACCAAAAUACUUACACCUGCAAAGGAAUAAAGAUGUAAGAGUAUGUCUCCAUUGUUCACCGUAGCAAAGGGACAGAUAAGUUCCUGCUUUAUUUGGACUUGGCACAUAUAAUGUAUAUAUUUAGUAACUUUGUACUAUGUAAAGUACCUUAUAUAUUGCACUUUAAAUUUCUCUCCAGAUGGGUACUUUAAUUUGAAAUGCACUUUAUGGACAGUUACGUCUUAUAACUUGAUUGAAAAUGACAACUUUUUGUGCCCAUGUCACAGAAUACUUGUUACUCAUUGUUCAAACUGAAUGAAAUUUCUAAUAAUCCCAAAUAACGAAUGUAGAAAUCUAUCUCCAUAAAUUGAGAGAAGAAGAAAGUGAUAAGUGUUGAAAAUUAAAUGUGAUAACCUUUGAACCUUGAAUUUUGGAGACGUAUUCCCAACAGCAGAAUGCAACUAUGGGCAUUUCUUGUCAUAUUUCUUUCCAAAGAACAUGGUUUGCAUUUAUUUUUCCCCAAAAGAGAGUCAAGUACUGACAGAUUCAUUCUAACUAUAUUGUUUCUGUCAUAAAAUUAUUGUGAUUUCCUGAUGAGUCAUAUUACUGUGAUUUUCAUAAUAAUGAAGACACCAUGAAUAUACAUUUUUUCUAUGUAGUUCAGCAAUGGUCUGAAUAGAAGUGACCAGGCACCAUCUCAGCAAUGUUUUCUCUUGUUUGUAAUUAUUUGCUCCUUUGAAAAUUAAGUCACUAUUAAUUACAUUAAAAAUCAAAUUGGAUAAAA